CGGGCUCGCUCGCGGGUCUCGCCCUCAGACGGUCACUCAGUCGCUGGAGCCGGUGGAGAUGGCGGUGCGCCGUGUAGUGUCUCUCUUGCUCACUCUCCUCGUCCUCCUGCCCAGCCUGACCUUCCUCAUCUCCGCCUCAGAGCAGCUGCCCAUCCCUAACGAAAAUCUUCUGGUGCUUACAGUAGCAACCAAAGAAACAGAUGGCUUCAAACGCUUCAUGCAGACAGCUAAGCACCUCAACUAUACAGUCAAGGUACUUGGUGCAGAGGAGGAAUGGCGUGGGGGAAACAUACCUCACUCAAUUGGUGGAGGACAGAAAGUGCGACUGUUGAAGGAAGAGAUGCAAAAUCAUGCUGACCGUGAUGACCUUGUGGUGUUAUUCACUGACAGUUAUGAUGUUCUCUUUGCUGGUGGACCUGAGGAGCUACUGAGCAAGUUCCAACAGUUCAAUCACAAAGUGGUAUUUGCUGCUGAAGGGCUCAUCUGGCCAGAUAACAGGCUUGCAGAAAAGUAUCCUAAGGUUCGCAGUGGUAAAAGAUUUCUUAAUUCAGGAGGUAUCAUUGGCUAUGCCUCUUCCGUAAAUCGCAUUGUGGAGAAAUGGCAACUUCAAGAUAAUGAUGAUGAUCAGCUCUUCUAUACCAAAAUUUAUGUGGAUCCUUUGAAGCGACUUUCUCUCAACAUAACUUUGGACCACAGGAGCAAAAUUUUCCAAAGCUUGAAUGGGGCUGUAGAUGAAGUAGAACUGCGGUUCGAACCAGCAAGGGUCAGAAUCAGGAAUAUAAUUUUCGACACGUUACCCGUCCUCAUCCAUGGCAACAGACAGACCAAACAUCUGCUGAACUAUCUUGGUAACUAUGUCCCUGAUGCCUGGACUUCAGAAACAGGCUGCACAGUUUGUAUUGAAGAUUUGUUGGACCUGUCUACAUUGGAUGAAUAUCCCAUGGUGUUUGUUGGCAUAUUCAUUGAACAGCCAACACCUUUUCUUCCAGAGUUUUUGGAAAGACUUCUAACCAUCAAUUAUCCAAGGGAGAAGCUUAAAUUCUUUAUUCACAAUAAGGAGGUUUACCAUGAGAGACAUAUACACAAGUUCUGGGAGAAGCACAAAGGUGAACUCGAAGUGAAGUUUGUGGGUCCUGAGGAGAUCCUGAGUGAAGGAGAUGCCAGGAACAUGGGAAUGGAUUACUGUCGCCAGGAUCCAGAGUGUGAUUAUUACUUCAAUCUUGAUUCUGAUGUUGUUUUGACGAACCCAAAUACGCUGAAAAUAUUAAUUGAGCAAAACAGGAAGAUAAUUGCACCAGUGAUCACCCAGUAUAAAAAACUGUGGUCCAACUUUUGGGGUGCUCUGAGUCCUGAUGGUUAUUACGCACGCUCUGAGGAUUAUGUUGAUAUUGUCGAAGGAAAUAGAGUAGGUAUAUGGAACGUUCCCUACGUAGCGCACGUGUACCUUAUCAAAGGAACUGCCUUGAGAACAGAUUUAAAAGAGAAAAAUUAUUUUAACCAGGAGAUGAUGGAUUCUGAUAUGUCACUUUGCCGAAAUAUCCGGGAACAGAAAAUAGAAAAGGAAAAACGCCCCCCCAGUCCGGAGAGUUUCCAUAUGUUCAAGCCCCCAAAGGGCAUUUUCAUGUAUGUUAGCAAUCAGCAUGAGUUUGGACGGCUUCUUCCUACUGAGAAUUACAAUGCCUCACAUGUGCACGGUGAUCUAUGGGAAAUAUUUACCAACCCAUUGGAUUGGAGGGCAAAGUACAUUCAUCCGAGCUACACAGAAAUAUUCACAGGGAAUGUGGUUGAAGAGCCGUGCCCAGAUGUCUUCUGGUUCCCCAUAUUUUCGGAGAUAACAUGUGAUGAACUUGUGGACGAAAUGGAAAACUAUGGCAUAUGGUCUGGUGGAAAGAAUGAGGAUAGCCGUCUGGUCGGUGGAUAUGAGAACGUUCCCACUGAUGACAUUCACAUGACCCAGGUUGGACUGGACCAGGUGUGGCUCCAAUUCAUUCGGGAAUAUAUUGCACCAGUGGCACUCAAGCUUUUCUCUGGCUACCACACCAAGGGCUUGGCCAUGCUGAACUUUGUUGUCAAGUAUACGCCAGAGAGGCAGGCAUAUCUAAGACCUCACCAUGAUUCCUCUACAUUCACUAUAAACAUCGCCUUAAAUAAUAAAGGAAUAGACUAUCAGGGUGGAGGUUGCAAAUUCCAUCGUUAUAACUGUGCUGUUGAGUCCCCCAGGAAGGGCUGGAGUUUUAUGCAUCCUGGAAGACUAACACAUCUUCACGAAGGGCUUCCAACCACAAAUGGAACAAGAUACAUCGCCGUGUCUUUUGUUGAUCCAUAGAGCUUUGUUGACACUGCAGUUUCUUGAACAACCCAAAAUACAAUCAAGAGGCUUGACUUACUGAACACGCGAACAUGAUAUAAUGGGAUAGAAACUUGUCUCAGAUGGUGAGGCAGAGUGGCUGACUUUGGAUUAGCUGCUCAUUAUGUGGGGGUUGAUAUUAAGUUGCAUUGAGCUGAUAUCAGGAUUUCUGUAUAAUACCAGCUGCUGAUCCAAUAUUGCUCAUUUUUGCUCUUCCACUGGGGAUGAAUUUCUACUCCAAAAUGUUAGAUGCUCAAAUUUUCUUGCAGUUGAAAAGUAAUAAUUUUAUUUUAAAACCACAUUUCUAUUGAACGUAUUUGAUUUAAAGAGAGUGAGAAGUAAUAGUAGGCAAAAUGUUCCUUCAAAAUAGUUAAGAAACUGCCUCUUGCUAUUGAAAACUUACCAGUUCAGUCCUUCUGAAGCCCAGCAAUACUGUGUGUAUUACCUCAUGUACACAAGUACAGAGGACAGAUUUUAUCAUCACUGCACAGUUAGUCUGUUUACAAAGCGGAUUGGAGGGUUUUCUAUUUACAUGCUAGUUUAUAUUGUCUGUUUAAAAAGCAACUACGCUUGUACAUGAGAAAUGCAACAAGUGGGUGAGGCUCGCAGUAUUUACACGUAAAACAGGAACAAAAUACAAUCCAGGAGCAAUAGGCCAGUCUGUUAGCAGAAUGAUCAGAGAAGCAUAUUACGUAAAUCAAAUAUCAAUCUGCUCAGGUUACUCUUGAUUAGAGCAAGUUACACCCUCGGUGACUAUGCACUCUCAAAAGAGACAAGUGCCGAAUAAAUGAGCUGCUUCUUGAGUUUCUUUAAUUGUCUUUCCCAUCUGAAAACCUACCUUGUUUCUUUUUUAAACCUGCUGUGCAAAGUUUUUUUUUCUUUAACGUCACAAAACUAAAAUGCCGUUUGUAAAAGAUGGUCCAGUGCCAUAUGUAUUGUACAAGAGCAUUUCCUUUGUCUUGAUUGUUCACCUGUAAACACAAAUCAAAUGUUGCUGUUUGAACAAUUACAUCUCUGGGCAGUUUAUAUUCUGUUGUAGUGUUAGACCAGUGAUACUUAAUCAGCAUGAGUAUCCUCAGUGAAGCUACAAGAUACACAACCGUGGCCACAGUACAGUGUACUGUGCAUGACCUGCCUGUUGGAGGGCAAAGUUAACUUAUUCUGCCAAGUGCUCAAAAGUUUAAAUAAAAAUAUGUUGAAAAUUA